AUGACAUUAGGUGAACACUGUCCUUUCUUUAGGAAAGAUUUUGCUGUGCUCCACUGUCGGCUGCAGUGGUUCCUUCCCCAACAUGCAGAAACUGAUGGAACACAUGAGACAACAUCAUAAACCCAACAUUUUCUUCUUGUGUGAGAGCUGUCGCACAAAGUUGCGAUCCUACCGUGGCCUCCUGACUCACCUGCACACCUGCUCCAAAGUACCACGGGGCAAAACAAAGCCAGCAGAACAGACGCCCCCUCAGCCUGCUACUGUGAUCAACCCAAACAUGGCCUCCAUUUCCGUGGACCAGAAACCCCAGUGGCAAGAUUCAAUGUCUACGACCCUGCAACCGUCCUCUCAAAUCCCAAACCAAGAGGGUUCCUUCCCCAUUGCUGUUCCUCAGCCAGACUCUGCAGCUCACCCAGAAACCCCCCCUAUUCAUCUGCUCAAAAAUGGAGCCUGUAAUCUGCCUCUAUCUCCUAACAUGGAUGGCCCAUCAGCAGCCUCAGACCUCUCUGAUGCCCAGGGUCAGAACCAGACACAGAGUAGGUCUCCCGAGCCCAUCCACCAUGCUCCUGUAUCAGCCCCUCACUCUCCUCCUGGGUCCUCGGCAAUCUGGAAGAAGAAUCAAGGUAUGGUGUGCAACAGACGAAUCCUUUGGGAGCACACUAAAGGAUGCUACACGUGUGUGCAGUGUGGUCACAUAUCAUCCAACCGCAAGGACAUGACUCAACAUAUCAACGAUCAACACAGUGGACACAAGCAUGCAGAAGACUCUGGAAGCUCAGCCAAGAACACAUAGUGUAUAAACAUGAGUCUCUACUCAUUUGUCCUCAUGAAACUUAUGAUGAUGGAAGUGACAGGUUUAACCAAACACUGAUGGUUUAUGUAUAACCCAUCAUUCUGAGAGGAGAGCCUCCAGCAGGUGCUCACUGAUUUUUUUCAUUAUUAACAUUUCAUUAACUUGGUAGUUGCCUAUUGUACUAGCAGGUAUGUGCAGAGUCAAUGCAUCAUGUAAUGAAUAUAAAUUAUUUUUCCAUAAAUUCAAUUUAAAAUGUGCUUUUUAAAUGUACACUGCUCAAAAAAAUUAAGGGAACACUUAAAUCAAACACCAGAUCUUGAACAAAUAAUACAAGUUGAAAAUCUCUACAGAUGUUCAUUCUAUAAUUUGCCGAGAACAUUAUGAUGUAACAACGGUCAAUGGAAACCAAAAUCAUCAACCCAUUGAGGGCUAGAUUCAGCCAGUUUGGUCAGAAACAUGCACACCUGUAGCCUGCUGGAGGUCAUUUUGUACAGCUCUGGCAGUGCUGCUGCUGUUCCUCCUCACACACAGGAGCAGAUACUGGUCCUGCUGCUGGGUUGAUGCCCUUCCACAGACCUGUCCAGCUCUCAUUGUGUAACUGCUGGUCUCCUGGUAUCUGCUUCCUGCUCCUGAGAUUGUACUGGGAGACAGCAAACCUUGCAUCCGCUGAUAUGGAUGUGCCUUCCUGGAGGAGCUGGACCACCUGUGCAACUUGAUUGGGCUGCAGGUCCUGCCUCAAGCUACCAGUAGUGACAAGGACACUAGCAGAACACAAAACUAGAGAAGAAUCAGUCAGGAAAGAUAAGGAGAGAGCAGCUGUCUGUUGCCAGCACAUGCAAAACCAUUCCCUUUUUAGGGGUUAAGUUGAUUUUGCUUCUCCAUUCCACCUGUUGCCACUUUCAUUUGCACCAAAGCAGUUGAAACUGAUUCAUUAUGUGCUUCCUAAAUGGACAGUUUGAACUAUUAAUGUUCUUUAUUUGGAAUAGGGCAACAGCUUCUCCAAUGUUAAUUGAUGCCACUCAACUAAGACAAUAUCACGACAUGACAGUUAUUUUAAUAUAAAACUACAGGCAAAAAGCUCAAUUGUAAAGCGCUCUCAUGCUACUAUAGUUCUAUAAUGACGCAGUCAGAAGGUUUUAAUUCCUGGGGUAACAGUGAAAAGUAGAAAUGACCCCAGUUCAAUCCCAUCCUCCCCCUUUCCUUUGGCAAGAUGCAGUACCCCAAAUUGCACCUGACUGUCUCAGAUGUGUGUAUGUCAAAACUGAAUUGUGAACCGCUCUGACUGGUCAUCAAAUCUAGAAAAUCAACAUACCAUGAUUAAAGGAUGAGGCUGGUGUAACAAUGAGUUUCUUAAUGUCAGCAUAUCUAAAAAAAAAAAAAAUCAUCCAACAGUGUGUAAGUAAAGUGUGAUGUGUGAAUAAAAGUGAGCGUGUAUUUGGAUACAGGUUUUAUUGAGACACUCACGGUUGGCUCUGCUGACAGGAAGAAACAGAACCUCCCCAGUCCUUCAGCUCAUUGAACAUCUGUACCCAAGCAGCUCUCCACAUUGUACCCUGGUUUUUAUAGUCUUCCAAAAUCUACAUCAAACACCCUUACAAGAGAAGCAAGGUCAAAAAAGCUGUUUUUAUUUGGGUCUGUCAGGAUGAGUUGAAACCAGCACUUGAGUGUUCAGUGUCAGAGAGUUUGGUCAAUAUAGGCUCUUCUCCAUGCCUCUGUACAAGAACACAUGCUCCUGGAAAAACCUCGAUCUCAGAGUUUUUUACCUCCUUUUUAUAAGCAUAACAAGCCCAUCCAGCAAUGAGCUUUAGAAUAACUAACACAAGAAGACAAUACCACAUGACAAGAGGUCCCACUUGAUCAUUGUGUGAAUUUUUAGACAUUACCACAUGCAGACUGAAGUGCUUUUUUUCAACAAACAAAUCCCAUCACAUGGGAAAGGGGAGUCCUUAUUGAUAGAUCACAAUAGAUAUUAAAAACAUGGGGGUUACUAGCACAUUGGUCUGUCAUAACAGUAUGCAGACAGGUUGUUUGCCA